CGCAGAACGCGAGUCUUGUCCUCUAUUUUGAUUUUUCAUUAGUCAUCGCACAGUGCUCGGACGCUAUCGAACUGCUUUUACAGAAGUGCAAUUUUCUCUCUUCUUUUGGUGCACAAGUGCUGAGACCUGUUUACGUGAUUAAAAAGAGACAAAAUGGAGUGCAAGGAAGACAGUCAAAGGGAUAUAUUUCCGUCCGAACGUAUGAUUUCGAAAACAUUUAUAUUUUCUGAACCAUACGUACUUCGUGCUCCUAGACCUGUUAACUCUGGAAUUAAUUUCGAGCAAAUAUCAGAUGCAGCAAAUAUUAGGAGAAAUUGGUUUACCUUUGCUAUGCCAAUUUCGGCAAGGCAAUCGAACAAUCAAGAUGUAUCCACUUUUCAACCGGAUACAUAUGAAAAGCCAUAUAAGCCUAAAAUAUCAAGAAAUUAUUACAAUCCAGCUGUUAACGUAUUUGCUCAAGCACUUAAAGAUACUGCAAUGUUUGAGCAGUCAAAAAGAAAUCGUAGAUCUCAAGUUAUUGAAAUUAAUUCAGAAAAUUCAAUAACAUGCACAAAUGUGCCCAAAACAUUGCUUGCGAAAGGAACAGCAAAGCGAUAUUUUGUUCAAUUCGGGCAUCUUUCAAAAAUUACUAUUCGUCCUAGAAAACGAACAAUUAUCGUUAUUUAUGCUGCUAAGCAAGAUGCAAAGAUAGCUUGCAGUAAAAGCGGUGAAUAUUUGGGAGAAAAGUUUAAUGUAGAACGGACAAAAUUAUCCGUUCCGCCGAAAUCUCCUACAAAGAAGAGAGAUUUACAAAAAAACGGGAUCUACGAUGUAUCGCAAAUUGUAUCUAAUUUUUUAAAAUCAUCUGACGAUGAAAUUAAAUCAGAGUUAGAUGCUAUGACAAAUCUUGAAUAUAAUUUACAUAGUAGAAACAAUUUUGAUGAGACUUUGACUAAAAGACGUAAAAUAUUACAGUCGAAAAGUACGUCAAAGUCAUUUACAAGAAUGAAGAAAACAUCUGCAAAAGCUGAAAAACUCAAAGCUGAAAGUCAAAUAUCUGAUUUAUUACCAAGUGCUACUAUCGAAGAAUUACAAAACAUAAUUCAACAACCUGCAUACACCUCUGAAGACAAGUAUAAGGUAUUAGAAGCAAGAGAUCGGCUUAUAAGGAUAAGGCAAACUAAAUCGCAUACAUUAGCAGCAGUUAAAGUGAUGAUUGGAACAUGUCCUGAUAUGUGUCCUGAAAAAGAACGUCUAAUGCGUGAGUCGAAAAGACAAGUGGCAUCGUAUGAACAGCUUGAAAUCAAUGAAUAUAGAAUAAAUCACAUGGUUGCAGUUAAACAGUAUUCUAGAUCUUCUGCAGAUCAAGAAGAACCAAUGGCACAUGAAUUGAGACCAGUAAAAUCUUUAAAAAUGACUAUGAGUUAUUUACUUCACGAGAUAGUAAAUCUUUGUGACCAACAGGGUACAAACUUAGGAGAAUGGUAUCACUUUUUAUGGGAUAGAACAAGAGGAAUUCGGAAAGAUAUAACACAGCAAGAGCUAUGUUGUAUUGAUAGUGUAGAGUUAGUUGAACAAUGUGCCAGGUUUCAUAUAGUAUGUUCAGAGAGACUUUGUGCAGAACAACCAUCUGUUUUUGAUAAAAAAAUUAAUUCUGACAAUUUAACAAAAUGCUUACAAUCAUUAAAGUACAUGUAUCAUGAUUUAAGAGUAAAAGAAAUUACCUGUAAAAAUGAACCUGAAUUUCGUGCAUAUAUUAUUUUAUUGAAUUUGAACAAUGGCAAUUUUAUGUGGGAUUUGCAAAGACUACCGAACAACAUACAAAAAUCAUCAGAAGUCCAGUUUGCAUUAGAUAUAUAUUCUGCUCUGGAGUCUAAUAAUUAUUAUAAAUUCUUUAAACUUGUUCAAGAAACUACAUAUUUAAAUGCGUGUAUCUUACUCAGAUAUUUUUAUCAAGUGAGAUUAAAAGCAUUAUCAGCAUUAGUCAAGGCUUAUUGCAGAACUGCAUCGACAGCAUAUCCAUUAUAUGAAUUAAUAGAUAUUCUCGGUUUUGAGGAUGAAAAUGAAGCUAUAUAUUUUUGUGAACAAGUGGGAUUAAAUGUGUCAGAAGAUGGCUCACAUGUAUUAUUGAACAGACAUAACUUUACCAUGCCUGUAUCACAUAUAAAACAAAAAAGAGCAUGCAAUUUAAUAGACUCUAAGAGAACUAUGCAACAUUUAUCUAUUGGAGAAUGUAUAGCAGGAGGAAGAAUGCCAGAAAAAGUAUAUAAGUAUCACAAACCACACAAUAGUUUUGAUUCACGUGGUUACUUAAUGCCUGAUUCUAUUAAUGCAGAAGAUCAAAAUAAAAGUAUCGUUUCUUCAUCAACUGAUCCAUAUGAGUUUAUAGAUGAAGAUAUAAUGCACACUGAACAAUCGAUAUCAAUGUCUGAGAAAAGACAAAAUAAUAAUGAAAAUGUGCUUACUACUGAACACGCAAUUACAUUAAAGACUGUUUCAACCACUGAAGCUAAUACAAAUCUUUUAACCAUGAAAUCCAAUGCUAAUACCUCCUGUGUCUCUAAAUCUCAGACACAAAUGAAUAAAUUUCAAAUAAAUACAAAUUCAGAAUUAAUAACAUCAAAGAUAGGAAAUCAGAAAGAUUCAAGGAUAUUUAGUUUUGUAUCAGCACAACAGUCAAAUGAAUCUUCCAUUUUGUCUAAUGUAUCGAAUGUAACACCAACAACUUGUAAAACUUCUAAUUUAUUCUCCAAGCAAUUUGAACCAUCUCCAUCAAACAAUGAUAUUGCAACAGUUACAAAUAAAAGCAUAUUUUCGGGGAUGUCGCGAGGAAACAUAUAUAUGAAAAAUCCUACAUCUUCCACAGUAUUUUCUAGUACAUACUCGAAUUUACAAACUAUUUCAAAAUCACCAAACAUUGUAAAUACUGUAACUCUCAUGGGUAAAACUAUACCAAAUGAAACGUCAAAUUUCUUGGUAAAAAGUCAAGUUCCACAAGAAGAGAAAACUGAAAAGUUAAAAUUAGAAGAACAAGAAUCUAUUGAAAGGACGCAAGAGAUUAAUGAUAUUGCCAAAGACAUAUUAAAUACUUUAGAAACAGAACUAGUACAAGCACAUUGCUCUGCUAUAGUAAAGGAAGAAACAGAUAAGAUAUAUAUUUACAACACUUUUAGCGAGGAUAUCAGUAAUGAGAUUUUUAACGAGGUAACUUCUGAAAUUUGUGAUAAUUUGUUACAAAAGGAAAUUGUUAAUGCACGAAAAUUAAAUGAAAUAUCAAUGAAAAUAAAAAAUAGAGUAAUUGUAAAAUGUUUCAAUAAAUGGAGAUUUAAUGCAUUGAAGAAAAAACAACAAAGAACAGCAUUAGAAAAUACACCUGUAUGGCUGCAAAGGCAUACUACUGAACAAUGUGCAAAAUUAUUGUACACUACGGAACAAGAUUUAGUUAUUAGAAGCAUGUGCAAAAAGUACAAUGAGAUAAGAGAUAUUAAAUAUUAUCCUGAACCUUUAGCACCAAUUACUGCUAUAAUCCACAUUGGUAUUAAAGAACACUUGAAAUCUUUAAACAUUGACAUACAUCCCAACUGUUAUUGGAAAUUAAUUAUUUCUUGGCCAAACUUACAUAACAAAACAGUUUUAUGGCAUUGCAAAAAAAUAAUGAAUCAGUAUCUUUGCCCUGAAGAUUAUUCUGCAGAUCCUAUUAUAAAAUUGUAUCAACCAAAUCAAAGUGAAACAUUGCACAUUUGUAUCAGACAUUUUGAAGGGCUGAUUAGUGAUCAUCAUUUAACAGGAUCAGAUGCUCUUUUAUUUACGGCAGAUGCUUCUGAAGAAAUUAAAUUUAUUAUAAAACGUUUAACAAAAAUUGUGUUAUCCAGAGACAGGCUGAUGCCUAUACCACUUGUAUUUCUUAUUUUGGGCGACUCGACAUUUCAAACUCAAGAUAAAGAAAUUAUUUCUACUUUAGAACAAUUUUUGAAAUCUGGAUACUUGUCAGUGUACAAAAUCGUACACGAAAAGAAUUUAGAUGAGAAAGCAAUUUUAAAUUUAACACAAAAUACGAUUCUUUGGUUAUCCGUUAACAAAUCACCUCAGAAUCCACUAGAAAUGGAUUAUUUACAAAAUAUUUAUAAUACUUGUUUAACAGACGACUUAUGGCUAAGAAUAUAUGAUAAUUCGUUCUUCAAUGAGAAAUUAUUACAUGCUCUGGAGAAGCCUAAAUUUAUAAUUGAUUUACAUAACGAAGCAGUUUCUCAUGUAAUAGACAUAAUCUUAGACCCUGAAUCUUUUAUGUAUACGAAAUUUGCCCCAGAGUUUAAAAAGUUCGUUAAAAAUCAGUAUAUGAUGCCAUGUAGUUAUGAACAUUUUGAUGAUGUUUGGAAAAGUGAAGAGUAUAAAGCAAAAUUAGAAAGAGUAAUGUCUAGCUUCAAGUUGCCUCAGUGGAGGUAUCCAUGGCCUAUAAAUAAUAGCAUCAUAUUUCGCCAAUAUAUAACAAAUUAUUGUCAAGAAGCAUUAUUCACUUCUGAUAGUGAUGAAAUAUCUGAUGAUAUAUUAAGUAAUUUGUUUGUUACAACUGGAAUUCCAACUACGUCGAAUUUUAUCGAUGUAUUAUUAUAUAUUAUUAAACGAAAGAUAUAUCUUCUUGCUAAAGAUUUGAAAGUAAUUUACAAUAAGAAUUGUAUGAAAUGCUUUCGAACUUUACCAUGGUGGUUAAAGUCUAAUCUAUUAACCGAAUAUAAAAUUGUAUCAAGAAAUAUUAAUGUUGAGGAGACUGAAAAAGAAAAUAAGACAGCAAUCGAUAUUAAUGAACCAACCAUGAUGGUAAAGAAACGAAAGUUGAAUAAAUUUCAAGAAAACAAGUAUGAACUCGAACCAUUAGCAACGUUUUGUGAAAAUAGUCGUAGUCAAGUAAUGGAAGUGCAUAAUAUUUCAAGAAAAAUUGAAAAUCGUUUGAAGGAACAUCAAGAACAAAGCUACUUAUUUGAAGAAAAGUUAAAGAAUGCUUUCUUAAAUGUAUAAAUGUAAUAAAAUGUAUAUAAAAGUUAAAAUUAUUUUUAUUUUUAGAAAUGUCUACAGUAUUUCAAAAACUGUGUUCACAGUAUUAUAUAAAUAAUAAUGUAUUCAUGUAUAUAAGUAUAUAGUGUAAUAUAUAUGUAAGUAAUAUACAGAAUAAAACUGUAAAUAUCGUAUUGUAUAGUGCGCAGAAAGUGUGAUUCGUUAUGUAAAAAUAAAUCAAAAUGUGUAGAUAACAAUUUUUUUUAAUAAAGGUUUAGUUUCCGAGAAAA